CAGGAGAACAAAAUUAGUUUCCGACCAAAAUCGUACAUAACACAACAGACACUCAUAGAUUCAAUUUCGUCUUGAAUAGACUUGCAAAGAAGGCCGAUAGUACAACUAUGGAAUUAAAUUUGACAAUUUGUGCAUUUUGUGUAUUGACCUUUUCGGUGACGGUACUAAACGGUUUUCCAAAUGGCGCGCCAGCGGAUGCGUGCGUGAAGAAACGCGUGAAUCAGCCCCAUCAUGGUGAAGCACGCUCACAGCCUUUACAUACAAAUCCUUUUGAAGUGGUAGCCAGCGCACAAUACUAUCAUCCUGGACAGGAAAUUUCUGUUGUAAUUUAUCCUCGUGAUCAGAAUAAACUUUUCCGCGGUUUCCUCAUACAGGGCCGUGAUGUGGAAUCAAAUGAAUGGAUUGGUGAAUUUAUACAAAGCGAAAAUACAAAUUCCAUUCCAGAGUGCUCAGCUAUAACACAUUCAGAUAAUCGAGACAAAUUGGGUGCUAAAUUCAUAUGGAAAGCUCCGCAACAUAAACGUGGUCGCGUUUACUUCACCGGCACCGUUCUUCAAGACUAUGGUACAUUCUGGAGUGACAUUGUUGGAAAGGUUCAAGCUGAAUAA